AAAGAAUGUCAAUUUUAAAAGAUUUUUAUACUAAUUUUAAAGAAACUGAACAAGAUUCUGAAGAAGAUUCUGAUUUUGUUCCUAAUGAAAAUGAUAGUGAUGAUCAAGAAUUAACGGAUGAUGAUGAAGAAGAAGAAGAAAGAGAAAAAGAAACAGCAACAGCAAUAACAAGCAAUAAGAGAGGAUUAUCACCAGAAUUAAAACAAGACGUUCAGCUUAAUAAAAAAUCAAGAAUAGACGCUAUUUGGGCCGAUAUGAAUAAUGAUAAAUCAUCCCCAAAACUUGAAAAUAGAAACACCAAUCAAGUGAACAAUACAGAUACAUUGAAAAUCCAAUCAAAAUCAAAGAAACCACAAAGACCACAGUCUCAAUUAUCUUCGUUAAUUUCGAAAUACAAUAUUAAAGAGCCAAAAAUAAAUACGCUUGAAAAGAGUAAACUGGAUUGGCAAAGAUAUGUAGAACGAGAAGGAAUACGUGAUGAAUUAACAUAUAAAAAUAAAGACGGAUAUAUGGAGAAAGUUGCAUUUUUACAGAGAGUAGAUGAUCGACGUCUAAAUCAAUUAAAAGAAGGGCAAAAGAAAACUAAAUAAGAACUGACCUUUUGAUAAGUUUACCUUUUUUUUUCAUUAAUAAAGUUCUUAAGCUUAUGCAUAUCAAAAUAGCCUUUUUGCUGUUUGUAUUAUUACCUUUUUAUUUAUUUAGAUCAUACGUGCAUAAUUGAUAAUAGAGCCACAUAACUGAAAAAAAAACUAUAAUCAUUAAAGAGGCCUUUCAAAGACUAUUUUUAGAGUAGAAAUUUUCUUGGAAAAAAAAUGCAGUCGGUAACUUUGAUAACAGCAGUAGCCGCUAAUCUUUUUUUAUUAUUAUUACAUACGAAAUAUGCGACUCUUUUCU